CGGCAUGUUGAUAGCCAAGUGACGACUUCCACACGCACUCUGUCAAUGCUCAGUGUAAGUGUGUUGCAUAACGUACGUAGGCUCUGCUACUGCUCAUGGCUUCUUUAGAUCAGCUCGAUUCCACACUAGCCCUCUCUCUACUAUUCGUGGUUUCCUGCUUCUUCAUCCUCGUCAUCGUUAAAGGCAAGGGCGGCAACCGUAACGCGCCGCCGUCGCCUCCAGCGCUGCCCGUAAUCGGCAACCUGCACCAGCUCGGCAGCGGCCACCUCCACCGGAGGCUGCAGGCACUGGCCCAGAGACAUGGCCCGCUCUUCCUUCUUCGCCUCGGCUCCGUGCCCACCCUCGUGGUCUCCUCGGCGCCCAUGGCCGAGGCCGUGCUCAGGGCCCAGGACCACGUCUUCUGCAGCCGCCCGCAGCAGUACACCGCCCGCGGCACGCUCUACGGCUGCCGGGACAUCGCCUUCAGCCCCUACGGCGACCGGUGGAGACAGCUCCGCCGCAUCGCCGUGGUGCACCUCCUCAGCGCCAAGCGUGUGGACUCCUUCCACACGGUCCGCAAGGAGGAGGUCGCGUCCUUUGUGGAACGGAUCCGCGCCUUAGCGAGCGGCGCCGUCCGGGAGGACGAAGGUGUCAACGUGACGGAGUUAAUCGUCGACCUAACCAACACCGUGAUCUCUAGGGCGUCGUUCGGAUACAAGCUUGGUGGAAUGGAGCCAGGGAUGAUCCAUGAUGUCAUGAAAGAGGUAAGUGGCCUGCUCGGUGUGAUUGCCAUCAGCGACAUGUUCCCCUGGCUCUGGUGGGUGGAUUGGGCAACCGGGCUCGACGCGAGGGUGAAGAGGACGGCGAAAAAGCUCGACAGUAUUCUUAACACGAUACUCGCGGAGCAUGAGAGGAUUCGGGGAGGAAACGACGGUGAGGCUCCCGACCUCCUCGACGACUUGUUGUCCAUCCUCAAGGAUGGUGAUCACGGGUUUAAGUUGGACCGGAUCGAUGUCAAGGCCCUUAUCUUGGACAUGUUCCUAGCGGGAACAGACACGCCAUAUAAGACAAUAGAAUGGGCGAUGGCCGAGCUAAUGAAGAAUCCAAGAGAGAUGGAGAAGGUCCAAGCAGAGGUCAGACAGGUUGCACAGGCGCACGGAGGUGUCCAUGAGGAGGAUCUGGGGAAGAUGAGCAUGCUACAUGCGGCCAUUAAAGAAGCGCUGCGGCUACACCCGCCGGUGCCACUCUUAACCCCACGCGAGACCAUUCAGGACACUCGGCUGCACGGCUACGAUAUCCAGGCCAGGAGCCGGGUGCUGAUCAACGCGUGGGCAAUUGGGAGGGACAACGAAUCAUGGGAGAACGCCACAGAGUUUCGACCAGAGAGGUUCCUGGGAACGGUCAUCGACUACAGUGGCAAGGACCCUCAGUUCAUACCGUUUGGCGCUGGAAGGAGGGGUUGCCCUGGAACCGCAUUUGGUACACGCCUCGUGGAGCUCACACUGGCCAACAUGAUGUACCAUUUCGACUGGAAGUUGCCGGACGGUCAAGACCCAGAGUCAUUUGAGCUCCUUGAGUCCAAGGGGUUCUCACCUGGCCUAAAGUCCGCCCUGAUUCUCGCCGUCAAAACUCUAUAAUCCUCAAUUCCAGCACGUACUGAACCCACUCUAGCCCCAAGCUCGUGCAAUGUAGUCCUUGUACUUAUGUUCAGAGCUCUCUCACACUGUUGCUACCGCUAUCCUGUAGUUCGGACGGCGGAAUAAUGGGCCUUGGCCCAAAAUGUAUAAAGAAUCUAAGUGAGUGCAAAGUGUGUAACGAAGCCGGGUGGGUGCAGGACAAGAGGGAGCUAUGUUAAUUGUACAACUCA